AUGAAUGGUUUUUGUAAUGCUUUGGCAAAAUGUGGUCUUCCUGAUAUGGGUUAUGAAGGAGCUCGUUUCACGUGGUGUAAUAAGCACACGAAUGGCUCUUUCUUGCAAGAACGUCUGGAUCGCAUGAAGAUUAAGGGUGUUUCGGGAGUUCAUGGUAUGGUUUUUAAGAGGACACGCGAGGCUAUCCGCAAGAAGAAGAAGGAGUUACAGGUGCUUGAAUCUAACUUAAAUGAUAGUAAUUGGUUGUAUUGCAAGAAACUGGAAAAAGAGCUUGACGUUCUGCUCUACAAAGACGAAAAGUACUGGUUCUCUCAUGCUAAGAACUCUUGGUUGAAAUUGGGUGACAAAAACUCAGCUUUUUUUCAUCAAAGUGCUACUCAUCGUAAAAAGAAAAAUGUUAUUGGUGGCAUUUUUGAUAAGAAUAAUGUUUGGGUUGAGUCGCCCCCUAAGAGCCCGGGUAAGGAUGGUAUGAAUGCUGGUUUCUAUCAAAACAUUUGGGACAUUGUUGGAACUGAUGUGUGUAAGGCUUAUUUGGGUUUUAUUGAUGGGUCGGCCUUCGCUUCUUCUAUCAAUGAAACCAUUAUUACUUUGAUUCCUAAGGUCAAAUCUCCUAACCUCACUAGUGAAUUUCGGCCAAUCAGCCUCUGUAAGGUGUUGUAUAAAAUUACUGUUAAGAGGAUUACUAAUCGAUUGCGGGAGGUUCUUAGGGGUGUUAUUUCAGAGGAGCAAAGUGCGUUCAUAUCGGGGCGCUUGAUAACUGAUAAUGCAAUGAUUGGUUUUGAGUGUCUCAAUGCUAUUAAAAGGCACAAGAGGGGAAGGAAAGAGUUUCUAACAUACAAGGUUGAUAUGGCUAAGGCUUAUGACAAGGUCGACUGGUCUUUCCUGUGCAGUAUGUUGAUUAAACUCGGGUUUCACCUGUUGGGUUUUGUGCCCUAA